AUGCGAUUUUGUUUUUGUUUUGGCAAUUCAUCGAAAAGGAAAAAGAAUUCCAAAAGAUCUAUUUCUAGGAAUAAUACUACCAAUAAUAACAAACUGGAAGAAAAAAGAGUUUCAACAACUGCAACAUCAGCAACAAUUGAGAAAAAAGGUAAAUUAAAUCAAAAAGAAUCGAAAGAGGAGGAAGAAAAAAGAUCGACAUCAGAGUCAACUCAUACUACUCAACAGCAAAAGGAACAAAAGGAACAAAAAGAGAAACAAAAAGAACUGCAAGAAGAACCACAAGAAGAUUUGCAAGAAGGACCACAGCAACGGCAACCUAUAACUGUUAGUGAUGCAUUAUUUGGAAAUGUGAAAUUUCCACCCAAAAAUAUUAAUAGAGAAAGGCAAGAUAAACACAGAUCGAGACUUUCAACAACUGAUUCUUUGCAAGAAGACCUUGAGAUUCCAGAUAAUUUGCCUGAUCAUAAUUCAGAUAUAGGAUAA